CGUUGAUCUGCACCACGAGGGCGGUGAUAGCGGGGAUCCCAGGCGGAACCUUGGCUGCUCUCCUACCUGAAUGGCUGCUAAAAAUAGGACUGAACUCAGCCACCAGGCUAUAAAAAGGCACUCCCAGGAGAGCCUGGGAUCCCUCAGCACCCGUGGCCCAGGAGCUCGCCUUGAGCUGUGUCCAAAGGAGCACAAAAAAUGAUGGAAAGCGACACUCGGGCUCCAGCUGAGGAGAUGCCUCAGUGGGACGUGGGGAGGCAGCCGUCAGGCAAGAUCCUCUCUCUGGACAGGCGAGAGGCCAAGAAAGUGCUGGAGAUUUAUGUCAAGCGCUCACUGAGCUGCCAUGAAAACUCACUGGUGGCCAAAAAAACCCUCCAGGAGAAAGACAGAGGGCGAGGGAGGAAAACGGAUGGGCUACAACGGUCAGAAAGUGAUUUCUGCACGUACUCAAGUGCCAAACCCAGUCCCAGGAAGGACCAGGAGGAGAGACUCAAAGCACCAGACCUGGAGGAGACUUUGGGUGAUGACAGCAAAGCUGCCCAGGAGGUGCCUAAAGAGGGGCUGAAAGCCAAGAGAAAAAGCACAAAGAACUCUUCCCAGAGCAAAACACAGCGCUCGGGUUCAAAACCGGUCUGGCUGAAAGGUUUCCUAAAUCUCUUCUUGAAGAAGAGCCCUGAGGACCAGAAGGAAAACACAGGGCAAAAAGCAAAGGAGAAAGAUGUCAAACAUCAGGGCUCCAAACCAGAAGGAGCCAAAAAACACAGAGUAGACUCCAGCACGUCCCCAGCACUGGGCAGAGCCCUGAAGAAGAAGCCCAGCCUGAAGAAGGUUUUCUCCCUGAAGAAGCACGGGGAGGAGGAGCGGGGAGAGCCGGGAUCCGGGGCGAGGAGCAAGCGCCCCAGCUGCCUUCCCCUGCGGCACGUCCUGGCCCCGGCCCAGCCAGAGGCGGAGCAGCCCGAUGGAUGCUACACCCAGGUGUCCCAGGACAUCGGGCUGAUCGUGCAGGGCAGCAAGAGCCAGGGGGACACAGCAGGAGAGCGUGGGGAGCACCCAGAGCCCCCCGGCACCGACGGGGUUGAUGAAGCCAUCAAGAGAAUUGUUGCUCUGCUCCGGAGUGCAGGAGAUGAGCUGGACAGGGAGGUGAGGGAGGACGCACGGCUGCAGCUGUUCUUCAGGGACAUGUCCUACAGCUCCUUCAAGAGCCUGGCUGACGCCUACGUGCAGAGGGAGCUGACAGCCAGCAGGCCCAAUAUCAACCCCCAGGAGAUCCAGUUUGCCUACACGGUCCAUCUCACCGCCACGGUGGCAGGGAUCUGCAGCCAGGCAGUGAACAGGAUCAUGGGCUUUGGCACCCGGUACCUGGAUGAUUCCUUUGCACCCUACGGCAAAAUUCUCCAGCAGAAGAGAGAAAAGCUCAGGACAGACCACUGUGACAGCCCAGACUGACAGCGGCUGCUGUGAGGGGCCUGUGGUGCCUGGGAAGUCAAGGAUGAACAUUUGUGGUGGGAGGACAAUCCCUGAUGGUCACCUGGAUAUGGAGUAACCUGAGCUUGAGUGGAUUUAAAAUCUUUUCAGGAGAACCAACAGUGUGAAAUGCUUGAACUCCACCUGUCCAGGGGUGAAAAGUCAGUAAAUCAAACAGAGCCCAAAUUUCACCCUGUAUUUAUAUUUUAGCUCCUGCCAACUGCUUGUGUUGAACCUCAGGGUUUGUUGCUGCUUGUACACAUGUAUUUAUUUACCUGUUUUCUAAAUGUAUUUGUGAAUGUACAACAUAAUUUUUGUAGUUUCUGCUACCAGCUAAGAAUCCAGUUUGAAAAAAAUUCUAAAACUCAA